AAUGCAGAGUUUGGUCGAUCUUUGGUCAUUUCAUGUGCAGUCUUCAUGUACGGUGGUGGCUUCUUUUACUGCACUGUGAUGCCGCUCUGUGCUAGAAGAAUGGAGAUCAUUGAUAACGAAACGAUAAGAGCACCAUCUUUUCCGAUCUAUCGAAAGCUUAUCGAUCCACGGACCAGUCCAUAUUUCGAGAUAGUCCAAUUUUUGCAAUGUUUAGCUGGCUACGUCGUCUAUUCCGUUACGAUAAGUGCUUGCAGUCUAGCUGCGGUUUUCGUCAUGCACGCUUGUGGACAGUUUCAAAUUCUAAUGUCUAAAUUGGACGAUCUCGUUCUCGGUGAAAGACAAACAAAUAAUCUUGAUUCUUCAGACAAACGGAUGGGAGACAUUGUAAAGUAUCAUUUACGAAUAUUCGAUUUUAUAUCUUGGAUCGAACAGCUCUUCAAUGAGAUAUGUUUCGUAGAAUUAGUGGGAUGUACAUUAAAUAUAUGCUUUUUGGGAUAUUACCUUAUGACGGAAUGGGAACGUAACGAAACAAUAGGAACAUUGACGUAUUGUACCUUACUUGUGUCUUUUAUUUUUAACAUAUUUAUUCUGUGCUACAUUGGGGAACUUCUCGCUGAACAGUGUAAAAAUGUCGGCAAGACUUCCUAUAUGAUGGAUUGGUAUCGUUUACCAAAAAAGAAAGCCCUUGAUCUUACACUCGUGAUCGCUGUUUCAAACGCUCCGUUAAAAUUGACAGCUGGAAAAUUAUUUGAAUUGUCUUUGGCUAGUUUUUGUAGCGUUAUCAAAACUUCGAUGGCUUAUUUGAAUAUGCUUCGUGCCGUUACAUCGUAA